AUGUUCAUGCACCCUGCCGUACGUAAGGGUUUUAUCACUGAACCAACUUCUGUCCCGUUCUACAACCACCAAGACCCCGUUUGCAUACAAGACGACCAGUUCCUGCCUGAGUACUCACAAGAGGCCGUGUAUCAUCAGCCACGACUUCAGACUCCUUUCCAGUAUCACCCGGACUUGCAGUUCGUCUCUCCGCCGUCUUCCGCCCCAUCCUCUCCCACCUCCUCUCCCGCCUCGAUCGCCUCUCACUACCCAACCACGGCGGUGGCCGCGGAUUACUCUUCUGCUGUCUUCGACAGCAAGUCCUUCGAGGCUCCUUCGAUGACCCCUUCCUCCUCGUAUAACCCCUCGAUCAGCUACCAGCACUCAGCUUCACCACAAUCUCAGCCCUACUUCUUCCAACCAUACUACGACGACAACGCUCAAAUGUUGGCGCAACACUCCGCUCCGAACAACCACGGCUGGGAUGGCAACUUGCAAUUGUUGAACCCUGCUCGUAUGCAGAACAACCUGUCGCGCAUGCCCCAGUUCAACAACGACUCCCAAAUUAAAGUUGCCUCCAGUCCGUCCUCCAGUCGAUCAGCCCCAGCAGGCGGCUCUUACCAGAGGCCGAAUGGCCAGUCGAAGCCACUUCCAACCCCAUCCCAGACACCUGUGCAGAACUCGAUUCUUGCAGGGUCGUUUCAGGAUGGCAACACAGCUGACGCAGAGUUUGCUAUGAGGCGGGCUGUUAUGGAACAGCAGCAGAAGCACCAGCACCAGCAACAGCAGCAAUAUCAGCCUCGCCACCAGCACCAGUCCAGUGACUACUCGGUGUCGACUGCGAGCCAGAACUCACCAGUUACCCCCCAAACAGGCUUCGAAGAACUCGAUGAGUCCUCGAAGACCACUAAUGAUUACACGCACCAUAAUCCAAACAACCUGACCAUUGGCAUCCCUAAGUUCAACCGUACCAUCUCUGAUAUCUAUCAGGAUGAGCUGUACAACCCAACUUUGAUGCCCACGCCACAGGUUCCUAAGCAGUCCACUAAUCAGCAAAACAUGCUUACUCCGACAUACCGCAACGUGAUUGCUGAUAGACUGCAAGCCGCUAAUCAGGGUCACCUCUCUGCACGGUCACAGUCGCCUAUGGGGAGCAUGCAGCGGGAUCGCUCUCCGUUCCGGCAGAACUCCCCCAUGGCUGCAGAGUAUAACAGCGCUGGCUUGCAACACCCGCAGAUGGCGACCAGCGUGCCUGGGUCACAGAGUGGCGUGAGCAUCGCCCCCUCAUCUCAGAAUGAGCCCAAGACGAUGUCUCCCAAGGAUGCGCUGCUGGAUUACAAUGAAGGCGACGACUCCGAGUUGCAUGCCCCUGGAAUGCCGCUGUUCCCCCCCUCAUCUCAGCCCGAUUUCAAUUUGGGCGAUGCGCUGGGUGGAUUGCGCCGUGAAAGCUCUUCUUCCUACCAACCUACCCAGAACUUCACUUCUAUGGAGGCUUUCCCCGCACAAUAUGCCACUCACAUGGCUGGACAGCAAUAUCCUUUCGGUCAGCAGCACCAGAGUUCCCGUCAGGCACAAUCCCAACAAAACAGCCUCCUGCACCAGACUCCUGAAUUCCCAGCCUCGUUGCCCCGCUUUGAGUCCACUGGAAGCGAGAUUCUUCCCACGACCGAAAUGACAUCUCCUCAGGGUCAGCCAAGAGUGGCCCUCCAGCCUGUCAAGGCGGAGAUCCCUCGACCUGAGAACACCUCAUCUGACAGUGGGACUUACACCUGCACCUAUCACGGUUGCACCCUACGGUUUGAAACACCUGCCAAGCUCCAGAAGCACAAGCGGGAGGCGCAUCGCCAGACCACUCCUGGUGGACAUCUGAUCGGGCGUGACAACUCGGCCCGGAACUCUCAGGCUGGCCCUCACAAGUGCGAACGCAUCAACCCGUCCACAGGCAAGCCGUGCAACUCAAUUUUCUCUCGCCCCUACGAUUUGACCCGCCACGAGGACACGAUCCACAAUGCUCGCAAGCAGAAGGUUCGGUGUCAUCUGUGCACGGAGGAGAAGACCUUCUCCCGCAACGAUGCGCUCACCCGGCAUAUGCGCGUGGUGCAUCCUGAGAUUGAUUGGCCCGGCAAGCAACGUCGCAGAGGCAGAGAGUGA